GCCCGCCUCGAGGGAGGCGUGGUACGAAGCCAAGCAAGUAUGAUAAAAGAGCUAUGUCGAUUCGUGUUCAGACCUGAUGCCUCCACUCUGCCUCAACGCCAUUACCGCUGACAAAGGUAGCCUGGAUGGCGUACUCCACCGGAACUCUGGCACAAGGCUGCUUCGGCAAGGUUUACCGAGAGAAGUACAACGACACCUGGGCGGCCAUCAAGAAGGUUCCUCAGCACCUCAUCAGCAGGAAGGACCUGGAGAGAGAGUGCGAAGUGUACAACAAAGCCAAUCACCCAAAUAUCGUCAGACUGCUGGGCAACAUCAACCUGAAAGACGGCAAAUGGAUUAUUCCACUGGAGUUCAUCUUCGGAGAGGACCUGGAAACUACCAUUUUUAAGUCAGCAAAAUCCAAAAUACAGCUGACUCCAACGAAUAGAGGCAAAAUCAUUUUGGGCAUGUGUGAGGGGCUUCUGCACCUCCACUCUAAAGAUAUUGUCCAUCAAGAUCUCAAGCCUGAAAACAUCAUGGUGGAACACAACACCAACCGAGCCGUGAUCAUCGACCUGGGUCUGGCCAAGUUCUUCCGGCGCGGCCUCAACUCGGCCGUGGACAUGGGAAACGAGGCCUACUCAGCCCCCGAGGUGCUGCAGCGCCACAGCCAACGGGACCAGCGCUCGGACGUGUGGGCCAUGGGCAAGAUCAUCGCCGAGCUUUGCGCCCGCGUUCGGCUGCACACGCCCAGCGUCUGCCCAGCCAAGAUCCGGGAGGUGAUGCGCGACCAGCCCUACUGCCAGGCCGUAUGUCGGAUGGUGGAAAGCAAUCCUGCCCUGAGGGCCUCCAUGGUGGGCAUCAUCAGUGACAUGAGGAGGGCUGGCGGAGGUCUGGGACGCUUCACUCCGCCGCAGAGAAGGAUCAGGAACCGGUCAGCGUCACCGGGCCGAAGAGGUCCAUCUCCGUUCAACAAAGAGCGGCGAGGUAGAUAACGAGUCAAUGGAAAA